CGGUACACGGGGCAGCGUCCGCCCCGGCUCCAGGCUACUCCCCAGGAGGAUGUGGAAAACCCACCCGUGGUCCUAGGGGAGCCAGAGAAACAGCAGAGGGUGCAGCAGCUGGAGUCAGAGCUUAGCAAGAAGCGGAAGAAAUGCCAGAGCCUGGAGCAGGAAGCCCGAAAAAAGCAGAGGCGAUGUGAGGAGCUGGAAUUGCAGCUGAGAGAAGCCCAGAAUGAGAAUGCCCGCCUCGUGGAUGAGAACUCCCGGCUCAGUGGGAGAGCCACGGAGAAGGACCAGGUGGAGUGGGAGAAUGCAGAGCUGAGGGACCAGCUCCUGGGGGUGACACAGGAGAGGGACUUGGCCCUUCGCAAGAGCCAGGGCCUGCAGAGCAAGCUGGAGAGCCUGGAGCAGGUGCUGAAGCACAUGCGGGAGGUGGCCCAGCGGCGGCAGCAGCUGGAGGUGGAGCAUGAGCAGGCUCAGCUCAGCCUUCAGGAGAAGCAGGAGGAGGUCCGGAGGCUGCAGCAGGCCCAGGCAGAAGCUAAGAGGGAACAUGAAGGGGCCGUGCAGCUGCUGGAGUCUACCCUGGAUUCCAUGCAGGUCCGGGUUCGAGAGCUCGAGGAGCAGUGCCGCAGCCAAACAGAACGCUUCAGCCUCUUGGCACAGGAACUCCAGGCCUUCCGCCUGCACCCUGGCCCCUUGGAUCUGCUCACCUCAGCCCUGGGCUGCAGUACCCUUGGGGAUCGCCCACCACCCCCCUGCUGCUGCUCCAACCCCCAGCCCUGCCGGGGAUCCGGCCCCAAAGACUCUGACCUCCUGCCGGGCUCCCCAGGACGCUGCACCCCAAAGUCUUCUGAGCCUGCCCCUGCCACCCUUCCCGGGGUUCCUCGAAGGACAGCCAAGAAGGCAGAGUCUCUCUCCAACUCCUCUCACUCUGAGUCCAUCCACAACAGCCCAAAGUCAUGCCCUACGCCUGAGGUGGACACAGCUAGUGAGGUGGAGGAGCUGGAGGCAGACACCGUCUCCCUGCUCCCAGCAGCGCCAGAGGGCAGCCGGGGAGGAGCCAGGAUCCAGGUCUUCCUAGCACGCUAUAGCUACAACCCCUUCGAGGGCCCUAAUGAGAAUCCAGAGGCAGAACUUCCACUUACUGCUGGCGAGUAUAUCUACAUCUAUGGCAACAUGGAUGAGGAUGGCUUUUUUGAAGGGGAGCUCAUGGAUGGCCGAAGGGGCCUGGUUCCUUCCAAUUUUGUAGAGCGCGUGUCCGAUGACGACCUCCUGACCUCCCUCCCUUCGGAGCUGGCCGAUUUGUCCCACAGUUCAGGCCCUGAACUUAGUUUCCUGAGCGGUGGUGGAGGUGGCAGCAGUAGCGGGGGCCAGAGUGUCGGGGGACGCAGCCAGCCCAGAUCAGAGGAGGAGACUGCAGGGGAUGAGCUCAGUCUGAGCCCCUCACCCGAAGGCCUGGGCGAGCCCCAUGCUGUGCCUUACCCCCGCCAUCUGGCUGUCCUCAAGCAGCUGGCCCACAGCGUGGUGCUGGCCUGGGAGCCGCCUCCUGAGCGAGUGGAGCUGCAUGGCUACCAGAUCUGCGUGAAUGGGGAGCUGCGUCAGGCCCUGGGACCUGGGGCGCCCCCCAAGGCUGUGCUUGAAAACCUGGACCUGCGGGCCGGGCCGCUCCGUGUUUCCGUGCAGGCCCUGACCAGCCGGGGCAGCUCUGACCCUCUGCGCUGUUGCUUGGCCAUGGGUGCCAGGGCCGGGGUGGUACCUAGCCAGCUACGCGUCCAUCGACUGACAGCCACUUCUGCUGAGAUCACCUGGGUGCCCGGCAAUAGCAACUUGGCUCAUGCCAUCUACCUCAACGGGGAAGAAUGCCCCCCUGCCCGCCCCAGCACCUACUGGGCCACCUUCUGCAACCUGCGGCCUGGCACACUCUAUCAGGCCCGCGUGGAGGCUCAGCUCCUACCUGGAGGAUCCUGGGAACCAGGCUGGGAGAGGCCGGAGCAGCGGACUGCCACCCUGCAGUUCACGACACUCCCAGCAGGCCCACCCGAUGCCCCCCUGGAUGUGCAGAUUGAGCCGGGGCCCUCUUCUGGAAUCUUGAUCAUCAGCUGGCUCCCCGUGACCAUAGAUGCUGCUGGGACCUCCAAUGGCGUCCGCGUCACAGGCUAUGCCAUUUAUGCCGAUGGGCAGAAGAUCAUGGAGGUGACCUCGCCCACAGCGGGCAGCGUGCUGGUGGAGUUGUCCCAGCUGCAGCUGCUGCAGGUGUGCAGUGAGGUGGCCGUGCGCACCAUGUCGCCCCAUGGCGAGUCGGCCGACUCCCUUCCAGCUCCCGUGGGCCCGGCCCUGGCUGCGGCCUGCCUGCCGGCCAGGGUCUCCUGCCCCUCACCACGGCCAGGCUCGGAGGCCAGGCCGCCCCUUGCUCCAGCCUCUCCAGCUCCCGGAGACCCCAGCUCUCCCCUCCGAUACCCCGAGCCCCAUGGAACUAGAGAGCCCCAUGGAGUUCCCGCAGCAAGCCCUCCCGGAGAGACAAGAGGAUCCCAAGAGGAGCCCACAGCACCUUGCUCCCAGGAGGAGGCCGGGGCAGCUGUGCUGGGCACCUCAGAUGACAGGAGGGCCAGAGAGCCAGCCGUGGGGGAGAGAGCUCCUGGCCCUGCAGCUUCCUCACUGGCCCGGGACGAGGCUGAGGGGACCGCGGGAGAGGCCUGCCUGGCACCCUGCUCCACGGAGGGGGCACCGGUCCCGAAGGUGCCCUGUGCUGAGGCCAGCCUUGGAGGAGACACAGGGGCUGGGCUGAGGCCCAGGGCUGAGAAGGAGGACAUGGCAGAGCUCGGGGUGCGUCUGGUGAACUCCCUUGGGGACCAUGGUCGAAACUCAGAUCUGUCAGACAUCCAAGAGGAGGAGGAAGAAGAGGAGGAAGAGGCGCUGGGUUCCAGGGCCUGCUCUUUCCAGAAGCAGGUUGCUGGCAUCAGUGUCAGGGAGAAUGGGCCCAAGCCCCAGCCCCAGCCCCAGCCCCAGCCUGAGCCCUUCUCUGAGACUGACAGUGACGAGGAGAUCUUGGAGCAGAUCCUGGAGCUGCCCCUCCAGCAGUUCUGCAGCAAGAAGCUUUUUAGCAUCCCGGAGGAGGAGGAGGAGGAGGAGGAGGAGGAGGAGGAGGAGGAGGAGCAGCAGCAGCAGCCUGGGGCAGGCUCUUCUUCCCGGGACCGCAGCCCGCAGGAGCCUGCAUUGCUGGAGCUGGGCGGUGACAGUCGUCCUCAAAGACCUGGACCAUGUCCCUUGUCUCCUGAGCCCUGCAGUGCCGGGGACCACCUGGAGGACAUGGCAGGACUAGCUGGUGGAAGCAGCUGGGGGCGAGGAAGUGGCUCUACCGAGAAGCCCCCAAACCGCAAGCGGUCCCCAGAUCCCCGUGAACACUGCAGCCGCCUUCUCAGCAACGGCGGGACCCAGGCUGCUGGACGACCCGGCCCCACACGGGAGAGGGGUGGCCCACCUGUGGGCGAGGGCGCCAGGGGUGGACCGGAGGCUGGUGGGAGAGGGCGGCCAGCCCCUUCCCAGAGGUACCCUCAUGGCCGGACGCCAGAAUCUAUCCUGACUAGCUGCCUCUCCCCCAAGUGCUUGGAAAUCAGCAUCGAAUAUGAUUCUGAGGAUGAGCAGGAGGCAGGCGGCGGGGGUGUCAGCAUCACCAGCUCCUGCCACUUCAGAGACGGGGAGGCCUGGGGCACAGCGCCCAUAGGAAGGUCCAGGGGAGCUCUGAAGGCCAAUUCAGGCCCCAGCCCCUACCCACGCCUCCCGGCCUGGGAGAGAGGGGAGCCAGAGCGGAGAGGCUGCAGUGCGACUGGCAGAGCCAAGGAGCCAGCCUCCCGGGCAACGGAGAUCGGAGAGCCCAGAGGGCAGGACGGGUCUGGGCAGAGGGGCCCCCUUCGGAGAGGGGCCCGAGUCCCCAGGCCAGACGCCACUGAGCUGGCCCCUCCGAGGAGCCGCCCGGAAGAAGUGCUGGCUCACCAGGACCUACCUGUCAGGGUCUUUGUGGCUCUGUUUGACUACGACCCUGUGUCAAUGUCACCCAACCCUGAUGCUGGGGAAGAGGAGCUCCCCUUCCGGGAAGGCCAGAUCCUGAAGGUGUUUGGGGACAAGGACGCUGAUGGCUUCUACCGGGGUGAAGGUGGAGGCCGGAGGGGCUACAUCCCCUGCAACAUGGUGGCUGAGGUGGCUGUGGACACUCCUGCAGGGAGACAGCAGCUGUUUCAGCAGGGUUAUUUGUCCCCGCGGGUUCUCGUUGAGGGCUCAGCUCGAACAACUGGGCCUCCCCCCAAGCCCCGCCGCUCCAAGAAAGCUGAGUCAGAAGGUCCUGCGCAGCACGGUGCAGGCCCCCCCGAGCCGGUCUCCUCUGCCAGCCUGAGAGCCCCCCGCUGCAUGGUGGCUGCGUUUGACUACAACCCUCGGGAGAGCUCCCCCAACAUGGAUGUGGAGGCAGAGCUGCCCUUCCGAGCAGGGGACAUCAUUACUGUGUUCGGGGGCAUGGACGAUGAUGGCUUCUACUAUGGGGAACUAAAUGGACAGAGGGGCCUGGUUCCGUCCAAUUUCUUGGAGGGCCCUGGGCCUGAGGCGGGCAGCUCCCACAGGGAGCCUGGGACACCCCCGGCUGAGAGUCAGGACUGGGCUGGCUCAACACAAGUGCCCCCGGGGCCUCCAGGUGGGCCCUGUGCCCCUGGCCCUGGCCGCCUUCCCAGGAUUGAACUGGGGGGGCCACAGGGCACAAGCGAGAAGGUGCGGGACCUCUUCUCCAAGGGGAAGCAGCUCCUCAGGAAACUGGGCUCUGGGAAGAAGGUGUGA